UUAGAACAUACAUUUGGCAAGAUACUUACCUAUUUAGAGCAUAAUGUACACUUUUAUUGAUACUGGUUCAUUUUACAGGUGUUAUCCACAGAAACGGUCAUGAGCUGCUUGGAAGAUAUGUUCCCAAAAUGGUUCAAAGGUACAAGAAGACUUUUUAUGAUUGCCUUUAUCAACGCCGGCUUCUUUCUCCUAACUAUUCCAUUUUGCACGAGGGGAGGAAUGUAUCUUUUCCAACUGUUAGACUGGUAUGCUGCUGCCUGGACACUACUGUUUGUUUGCUUCAUAGAAUGUGUCGUGUUUACCUGGGUCUAUGGUACUGAACGUUUGAGCAAGGAUAUUGAGAUAAUGGUCGGUCGUCCGCUACCAACGUUCAUCCGGAUAUCAGGCGCAUUUAUUUCACCUUGUAUCUUUUUGGUAGUGCUGAUUCUGUCUUUUGUUCAGUACCGUCCACCAACAUACGGGAGCUAUAGUUACCCUGCAUUCGCUGAAGGUCUAGGCUGGUGUCUGGCUUUCCUCGUUGUCUCACCCAUUGUUGUCGUCCUUGUGCUCAAUUUGAUUAUAGCAGGAAGAUCCACGAAAACGUUAUCGGAAGAAAUAAAAAGACCCUCUGAUUCCUGGGGACCAUAUGAUGACAUUGCCAUGGAAGAAUACACUGACAAAGGCAGAGAAUAUAUAGGAUUUGUCUGUACUUUCAUAUACAACCUUACAGGCAGAUCUAAGGAAACAAAAGCAGCGACAUAUCAUAGCAACGGACCACAUUUCUAUAAAGAUAUCAAAUCAACAGAUGUUUAGUAUAUUUUCGA